AUGUUCAAGUUCGAUUUUGACGUCGAAGAGGACGAUCUCGACCCCUCUGCGGCCGACAUCUUUGGAGCGCCCAGCUCGCAGACCAGUCCACGGACCAGACAGUCGACACAACCUCCGAAGGAAAGGGGUGCAAGUGACGGGCCGUCAGACAUCGACUUCCUCGACGCUCCAUCAGAUCUUGUUCCUGGUGUGUAUGAAGGCGGGCUCAAGACAUGGGAGUGUAGUCUCGACCUCGUGCAUUGCAUCGCUUCAAUACAUGGCGACGGUCUUGCAGGCUGGCUACGAGGGAAACGUGUGGUAGAGGUAAUUGGGUUGCGGAACUGCCGUCCCUCUCUUUACUUACUGCACUCAAUAUUCUCAUCUGGACCUCCACAAGGCGACGGCAUCGAAGUUACGGUACACCUUCAAGACUACAACGAGAUGGUCCUCCGUCUCGUAACACUUCCAAACAUCGUCCUCGCAUGGUCCGACCUCCUUCCUCCCUUCCAGACAUGUCCCCAGCUUCCGCAUCCUUUCCGACCCCUUACCUCCAGCAGACCCGAGCAUACCGGCGAGCUCGCGUUCAAGCCCGCGCUCCUCGCCGCGUUCCGCGCGUCCCUCGCCGCACACCACGUCUCCCUCUCCUUCUUCUCCGGGGGGUGGGCGUCGUUCGACGUCGGCGCCGCGGCCGGGCCGUACGACCUCGUCCUCACCUCCGAGACGAUAUACCGCCCGGAGAGCCUGCCAUCGCUCGUCGCGCUCUUGCGGCGCGCGACCGCGACUGGUGCGGCGUUGGAAGACGCGACGAGGCUACUGAGCUUGAAGGACCAUGACGACAGAGGGAAGGAGAUGAGCGCGCUAGCGGGCGCGCCGUGCCUGUGCCUUGUCGCAGCGAAGCUCGUGUACUUUGGCGUGGGUGGUGGGAUGAACGAGUUUGUGCGCGCGAUUGAGGCAGAGGGAGGGGCGAAGGGGAAGGUGACGACCAUCUGGGAGACGGACCGCGGGUGA